UUAAAACCAACACCAAAUUAAAGUAAUUUUGACAGAAUGAGUUCCCAGAAGACAAGCAUUCAGAAUGUUCUUGCUCCUACGACAAGGCCACCUCCUAACUCCAAACCUCCAACCACUGGGACUAAGUUGCCUACUGUCCAACAGGUUUUUGCUAGAAGGCCAAAAUCGCAUUGCCAUGUUUUAUCGGCAUUCAGCAGUGUCUGCAGAAUUGAUAGACACAACCCACACCGAUUGGAAUUACUUAGCCAUUGCACAAUGAGUUCCCAAAAGCGAAUUCAGGAUGUUCUUGCUCACUCAACAAGGCCACCCUCUGAGAGUAGCAAGUCCGAAACUUCAAGCAGUGGAGCCAUAACCAUUCAUAAUGUUCUUAUCCAUACAACAAGACCACCUCCUAAGAUUAGUACCUCCAAAUCUUCAACCACUCGACCAAAAUGAUUUCAGACCCCUUUUAUUAUAUAUAAACCAAUGUUGCAUAUUGGUUUAUAUAUGGCGAAUUACAAGUUCUAUUGAAGGUGGAAGGAAGAAUGUACUUCUAUUUAGGGAUUGGAGAAUACAUCAGCUCAGCUAGUGUGUUUGUUUAUUGCAUUUGUUGAUUUAUUCCAUCACAGCAUAAAUGUUCUUGUAUUCAUAAUAUUGUCUGAUUGUAUUCCAUAGCUCGUACUUGUAUUCAUAAGCAUUACACGCAGAUUAAAUGUUCUUUUAUUCUACGCAGACUAAAUAUUUUUGUUUUAUGUGGUUUUAAUUCUCGGAAAGUAUGUUACUCGGAAUUAGGAAAAUUCUUGGAAAAGUUGUGGAAAACUCUGGAAAAAGCUCCGUCAUUAUUAGUGGAGGUUUUGUUAGAACCGUUG